UAAGACCCGAGUUCAUGUCAGUGACAGCGGUGCGCAACAUUUACAGAGAACACCGACUCCAGAUCAGCAACGAUAAUAUUUUACUUCACAACAGCCUCCAUUAUUCUACCUCAACAGUAGUGGGUGACAAAUCACUGAAGGUGAUUUAAUAAUUCGCCUCCUUUCGUAGGUAAAACAAGAUCCUGCAGCUGUUUGGGGGUUGAAUCGACGUAUGCCUUCAGGCUUCCAGACCCUAGGUGGCAUCUAUUGAAGAGCGCUCAUUCAGUAACUUUCUUUCCAGACUGCAGGAUAAAAUGCGACCAGUGAAAGCGGACUCGGACAGCAGCAGUAGCUCAGGUCUUUGCAAAGAUCGCGCCUUGAAUGUGUCACUUAGGUUAUCCCUGGGGGAGGAGAGGAAGCCGUUUAGCCGCUGAUUCCUCACUUUCCCAUCUCUCUUUCUCUGUAGAGCGUCAGGAAGGCGUGAAAAUGAGGUUGACACUUGGUCUGCUUCUCAGUGCAAACAGAACUGUGCAGAGGUAUACCUAGGCUGCGCUCUCACAUCACUAUGGAGGCUGUUUGUUUUGCAGGGCACAUUUGUUUGUUUUUCCUCCUCUUAACUAGUCACCAGACACCGGCAAAUGGAGCAGUUCUGUUAGAUACGGACGAGUGUGCUGAAGGGAGUGAUGACUGUCAUGUGGACGCGAUAUGUCAGAAUACACCCCUGUCGUACAAAUGCACUUGCAAACCUGGGUACACAGGCGAAGGCCAGGCAUGUGAAGACAUUGAUGAAUGUGACAAUGAAUACAAUGGAGGCUGCGUCCAUGAAUGUUUUAACAUUCCAGGCAAUUAUCGCUGCACUUGCUAUGAUGGAUUUAUGUUGGCUGACGAUGGACAUAACUGUCUGGAUGUUGAUGAGUGUGCAUUUAAUAAUGGAGGCUGUCAGCACAUUUGUGUCAACACAAUAGGCAGCUAUGACUGUCAGUGCAAGGAAGGAUUCUUUCUGAGUGAUAAUCAACACACAUGUAUUCAUCGUUCAGAAGAAGGCAUGAGUUGCAUGAACAAGGACCAUGGCUGUGCCCACAUUUGCCGAGAGACCCCUAAAGGCGGAGUAGCCUGUGAAUGCAGACCUGGAUUUGAGCUGGCAAAAAACCAGAGGGGGUGCAUUUUGACUUGCAAUCAUGGAAAUGGUGGCUGCCAGCAUACUUGUGAUGAUACUGAUGUUGGGCCAGUCUGUGGUUGUCACCAGAAGUAUGCCUUGCAUUCUAAUGGGAAAACUUGCAUUGAGAGAGACGAGGCUGCAAUUGAGAACUCUGAAUACAAUGCCACGUCAGUAUCUGAUGUGGACAAGCGGGUGAAACGUCGACUACUAAUGGAAACUUGUGCUGUUAAUAAUGGUGGCUGUGACCGCACAUGCAAGGAUACUUCUACUGGAGUUCGUUGCAGCUGUCCUGUUGGAUUUACACUGCAGCCUGAUGGUAAAACAUGCAAAGAUAUUGAUGAAUGUCAGGUCAGUAAUGGAGGCUGUGAUCACUUCUGCAGAAACACAGUUGGCAGCUUUGACUGCAGCUGCAAGAAGGGAUUCAAGCUGUUAACAGAUGAAAGAUCUUGUCAAGACAUCGAUGAAUGCUCCUUUGAAAGGACAUGUGAUCACAUUUGUGUCAAUUAUCCUGGAAGCUUUGAAUGUAUUUGUAAAAAAGGAUAUAUGCUGUAUGGAUUAGCACAUUGUGGUGAUAUUGAUGAGUGUAGUUUCUGGAAUGGAGGUUGUGAGCAAAUCUGUGUGAAUAGUAUGGGAAGUUACGAGUGUCACUGUCAUGCUGGCUACAAGCUCCACUGGAACAAGAAAGACUGUGUUGAAGUAGAUAGACUUGUACCAAGUAACCUCUCAACUAAAGCCUUGCUACGCUGCAGUAAGAAUGGAGGUGUCGACAGCUGUUUCUUAAGCUGUGCAUCAAACAUGCGCUUUGUCCCCGGAUUGCAAGGUUCCUAUACUGUUGUCUGUGGUGCAUCAUAUCAUACGGCUGAAGGUAGUAAAGUAAAUGACUCUGCAUAUCUUGACCCUUCUGUGCUAAAGACAACAGCAACAUUCAGAUUUAAUGAAGGAAGCUGCAAUUUGAAGAAGAGUGAUGAGGUCUUAAAAAAGGGUCUUAAAUUUGCUGUUACAGAGAAAGUAAAUUCAUACACAGAAAACUGCCUGUUCACCUCAGUGAACCUCACCUGUAGUUCUGGCAAGAAAAAGAAUGGCCGUGAAGGAAGAAAAGCAAAUGCAGAUGAAGGCUCCUUCAUUACUGCAGAAUUUCAGCUGAAAGUAAAACAAGAGGAGGUGACAGAAUCUUGUGACUUAAACUGUGUUCGUAAGAAAACAGAGAAAAGACUUCGUAAAACAAUAAGAACAUUGCGGAAAUCAAUCAACAAGGAGCAGUUUCAUCUUCAUUUCUCUGGAACAGAAUAUGAGCUUGCAAAAAGAGUUGCAAAAUCCUCUGAUUCACAGGACAGCUGUGGGACAGGAAGAGUUCUUAUGGACAGCAAGUGCGUUAGCUGCAGUGAUGGAACCUACUAUGAUGGAGAUCAAGAACAAUGCAUUUUAUGCCCAGCUGGAACUUACCAAGAUGAAGAAGGACAGUUGACUUGUGAACGCUGUCCUGGGCUUGAGAAUCUAGGGAUGCAAAAAACACUUGGAGCUCGGAAUAUCUCUGAAUGUGGAGGUCAAUGUUCACCAGGAGAGUUCUCUUCAGAUGGUUUCAAGCCUUGCCAGCGGUGUCCGUUUGGAACAUAUCAACCUGAAAUUGGUCGUACCUCCUGCUUCUCAUGUGGUGGAGGCCUCAUGACAAAAAAUGAUGGUGCAACCUCAUUUCAGGACUGUGAGACUAAAGUUCACUGUUCUCCAGGACAUUUUUAUGAUGCUACAACUCACAGAUGUACUCGUUGUUCAAUGGGAACAUAUCAACCUUACUUUGGACAGAACUAUUGUAUUACUUGCCCUGGAAACACUACAACAGACUUCGACGGCUCCACAAACAUCACUCAAUGUAAAAACAGACAAUGUGGUGGAGAAUUGGGAGAGUACACAGGAUACAUUGAAUCCCCAAACUAUCCUGGAAACUACCCAGCAAACAUAGAAUGCACUUGGACUAUAAAUCCACCUCCAAAGCGUCGGAUCCUAAUUGUGGUUCCAGAAAUAUUUCUACCAAUUGAAGAUGAAUGUGGAGACUAUUUAGUAAUGAGAAAAAGUGCUUCAGCUAAUUCAGUGACAACAUAUGAAACAUGUCAAACAUAUGAGCGCCCAAUAGCAUUCACUUCACGUUCAAAAAGGCUGUGGAUACAGUUUAAGUCUAAUGAAGGAAAUAGUGGCAUGGGAUUCCAAGUCCCCUAUGUGACCUAUGAUGAAGAUUACCAAGAGCUAAUAGAAGAUAUAGUGCGGGAUGGUAGACUGUACGCAUCUGAAAAUCAUCAAGAAAUAUUAAAGGAUAAGAAGCUAAUUAAGGCUUUGUUUGAUGUGCUGGCUCAUCCCCAAAACUAUUUCAAGUAUACAGCACAGGAGUCCAGAGAAAUGUUCCCAAAGUCAUUUAUUCGACUGCUACGAUCAAAAGUCUCUAGAUUUUUAAGACCGUACAAGUAGCUGCGUGUCAUAACAGACUACAAAAGACAACACUUCAAACAUUUAGUAAAGUACUUCUCCAGUCACCUGUUUGAAAUCCUAGUGUUGAAACCAAUACCUUUUUUCUACUAGCUUUUUUGCACAAAUCCAAAUGUGGAUCCCUCUACCAAAGGUCUACUGCAUUCAGUAGUAAGUCUGAAACCACUCAGAGAGUAAGAGAAUCUUAAAAAAAAACAGGAGAGUAAGAGACAACCAUUUCAAGCCAAGAGGAAUGUAAUAAAAUGGAACUGUCUUAUUUCUGUUUAAGGGAAUAUGAUGAGUCUGUUUCUACCAGCAAAAGUACACAAGUCUCAGAAUUCUCACAGAUAUUCACCUAAAAUAUUCAGAAGGAUGUUGGUACUGACCAAAGGAGACAAGCAGUUGGAGGGAAUUAUCUAAAAAAAGGCACUAUCUCUUUUUCUUUUGUCAUUGUUUAAAUGUGGACUGAAUUAAUUAGCUCUUGUUCUUAAUGAACACAAUACAGAAAAAAAGUAAUAACAGAGUAAACAGAAGGGAACAUUCUGCAUGAAAAAAAACUCGUAUUUUGUUGGUGACCUCCAAAUCAGGAAGGAAGUAUAAAGGAGAAAAUAUUUAUGAGUGUAAGGAUGUACUAAAAAAAGCGAGCACGGGAAUCUGUUAAUAUAAAGUUUCUCAGUGAAAUGUAUUUUAUUUGCAUUGUGUUUGAUAACCUAUGAUGCUUAACAGAAGGAAUUUGAAACACCUAACUACUAUAAAGAGUUACUUAGCAGAAGUGUUUCAGCAGACAAAAGAACUUGAUAAUAUCUUCCUUACCUGAAACUUUUUUGUGACAAACUUAUUGUUCACAUUGAGAAAAUCAAAACAAGUGUUUGACACUUAAUCAAACUUACUCUGCUUCAGACAAGAAAUGUUUUUUUUUCUAUAGACUGUACUUAAUAAUAUUUUGUAUCUUCUGUACAGGGAGUUUUAACACUGUAAAUAUUCAAUAUCCUGGGAAAAGGUGGUCAUUAAUAGAUGAGGGUGUGUAUUCCCCACUCCAGCAUCAUUUUGCAACUCAGCAUCUCAUUUUAGUUCAACAGAAUGAGUGAACCAAGAGAGUUACCUAGUCAACAAAAGCACUACAAUGGGUCCAAGUGUUCCUGCACUUGUUUAUGGUUAACUAUCUUUUCAGACAGUAUAAUAGAAUAUCUUAAGUUUACAUUUUCUGGUAUCUUUUCUUAUGUAGCAACUCAUCAUGAAAGGGAAACAUGGAAAAUAUACUCUUUUUCCGAGGAAAUGUGUUUAUAGCUAUCAUUACCAGUAUAUGGAAGAAGCAUUGUAAAAUCACAUACUUGUAGACAAUUAGCACAUAAGACAUUAGUGAAUGAAUUGGGGGAAAAAUAUAAGAGAAAUGGUUAAGAACAUCACUUAGACAUUUCUUAUCCUUGGACAUUUUUAGAACCACCACUGAGAUCAGUAAGUGAAGUAGAAUGUUUUUGCACAUUGUAAAAAGCAUAUCAUUUACAAGGAUUAAAAAUGUGUUUUGAAUACGCGGA